ACUGGAUAACGACGAAAUCUAUCGCCGGAGUCUCAGAAUACUGCCAGAGAGAGGGAGAGAGAGGGGGAGAGAGAAAUGGAAAAUCCGGUGAACUACGAGCCGGAGGACGACUCGGGGAAUGGGUUGUACUGCUGGUGGAGAUCGGCGUCUGAGUUCCAGGGGACGGGCCGGCUGGACAUCGACAUAUCGAGGGCGGCGGAGGCGGGGCCGAGGAUGAGGGUGCUGAGGGAGAUGGAGAGGCUGGCGAUGGUGGCGCCCGAGGGGCUCGACGACCUCCGCCACAAGCUCCUGAGCUACCGCCCUGGAGAUUUCUGGGUGCCCAUGGGAGGGCUUAAGAAGGAGGAGCUGGACAUCCCUCCCAUCGUCACGAUCCUUCUCGUCGGGUUCUCCAAGUCCGGCAAGAGCUCGCUCGUCAAUCUCAUGUACUCUGUUCUCGGCCGUGCUGGUCUUAUCCCCUUUGCUCAGACCGCCGGGAGUUCAUCUAAUUAUGAAACAUUGUUUAUGGAGGAGCACAAUGUUUUGAGAUCAAUGAGGAAUGGGUUCUGUGUCUAUGACUCCAGAGGAUUGUCCUAUUACGAGAUAACACAGAGCUUGGAAGAGUUGUCUGAAUGGAUGAUUGAUGGUGUUCACCACCAUUUACGUUGUUCGAGGGGCAGAGGCAGUGAAUCCUCUGAUGGCUUUGCUUUAUCUGCACAACUAUCCUCAUCCAAAUUCACCAGGAGAAGGGUAAACUGUGCAGUUGUGGUAGUUGACAUGUCUUAUGUGUAUAAAUCCUUGAUAGCUGGAGAUUCUACACCACUAGAGGCUACCAAAGAAUUGUUCUGCUCACAUUCACUGAGAAAAUGCAAUGAAAAUCCCAUUUUGAUUUUGAGCCAUGGAGAUCUUUUGAACACGGACGAACGAAUUGAUGGUCGGAUCAAGAUAUGCCAAUUCCUUGGGAUCUCGGAAACGACUGGUGUUUAUGACAUCUCAUGUGUAACAGAGCAUGGUUUCUUGCCUGAAGAAGCCGACCCUGUGUCUGCUUAUGCACUCACUGAGGCUCUCUAUAGGGUUCUGCUAUUUUCUGAUAGAACUCAUCCUCCAGGAAGACGCUGGAAAGAUCACAUUGUUGAGUUCCUCUAUUGGAUCCUGUGCUGCAUAUCUGCUUUCUUCGCCUUUCUUGCAUACUACUUCUCCAAGCUCGGCAAGCAAAAGAUGAAGAGAUUGUAAGUUCAGGCAAUGAUCUUAAUGUUUCUGGGAACUAAAACGCCUGUGUUUGGGGACUUUGCCACAGGGUUCAAGUCCUACUUCAUCAUACAAUCUGUGAAAAGUUUAGUAGUUCUUGAUGUUUCUCAGGUUAAGCAUGUUUUAUUUUCACCUUCGACCUUGAGCUUUUAUUUGGCAGAAUUGGCGGUUUAUUCUGCUGUCACCUCAAUGUACUUUGAAUGUGUUAUCUGUGUCAUCACAUUUAUGAUCCACCGGGAGCUGAAACAGUACUGGGGAUGAGAAGUUAGAUGCUCAAACUGGAUCAAGUGCCUGAUAGGAAUUUAUUUGUUGUUUGGAUAUGUAUUAUGUAUAUGUGUCUAUAAACAUGUUUUCAAUAAGAAUGUAAGUUCAGUUUCCUCUGCAA